CCCAAGCGUUCGGGAAUAACCCCAUACCUGUAUGGUACCUACCUAAGUAUAAGGUGUAUAAUGCAAAAUUAUGCAAACGGAGUUCAAAUUCAUAUAUAUAGGUAGGUUAGGUAGGUCAUAAUACUUAACGACAGAUCUGCCUCCCUACCUCUAUUCUACCUAUUCAUAAUUCCUUUGCAUUUUGUCUAUCAAAUUCACCUCUUUACACCACAUCUAUUACACAGUCUAUUACAUCCUGCAAGCUUAUCUUUCAACAUGUCGUCUUCGCCUCAAAUCACCAAAAAAUCGGAGCCAGCUCAUCCAGCUCAUCCAGCUAUCACUUUCGCCAUAAAUUGUAGGAAUGCCAUGCGCGACGAAUUCAGGCCGACCGCGUCUCUCAAUUCAGUUGCUCUGUCGAAGCUCAAUGUCAAGUGUACUCAGUUCGACCUCGACAGCGGAACACCCAAUGAUGGAGGCCCCAAGGUCCUGGAACCAAAACCACUCGAGGAGAUGAAUGCCAUCGCCAAAAGGAAUAAGCUGAUGGCUCUUAACGUCGUUGCUUCCAUCGGCGAAUUCAGUUCCGGCCCUUACUACACUGCCGAAACCCUCGGAGCCUUCUUUUUUCGCGAUCACAUUCUCGAAGGACCGGACGAGCCAUCAGACGAAAUCUUGCCAGAACUUGGCUCGUGGGAAUUUGUCCCGAAAAAUCAUCAGUUUGUUAGCGAAGAAGGGGUCGAAUGGCGAGCCGAGUUUACCUUAUAUAGCCGUGACAAAUCUAUGCUAGAUGCCGUACGCUUCCUUCCACAUACUACGCCUUUCAAGCAUGACGAACUCCUUUUCAGCGAGCUUUGGUGCAUCUUGGCGACGUCUGGAAGUAGGUUGGCAGAGAAGAAGGAACAUGAGCCUGAUGAGAUAGCUCCUGUCACCAUCGUAUCAGCUUGUGGUAGAGACCUCCGAGUUGUCCAAGGCUACAUUCACGACGACAAGGCUUGGGUGCGAAUGUCGGAGGUUGUCAAUACCGAUGAUGAUGACAAGCAGGUGAACUUAGACCGACUCCUGAAGGUUGCAGCUUGGUUCUUGGGCACCCCAUGCAGAUACCGAGUUGAGGCUAUAUGCACGUAGUUCAGGAGGUAGGUACCUAACCUAUAUUUGAUAAGCCUUCUGCCCGAAAGCAGUACAAGCCUGGGGUGUAGGCCGCGAGAGAUAGGAGAGCCCAGAGGUCGACUCGCACGCGCGGGCGAGCGAAUCUUUUCCAGUACGAUUUGAUCCCAUUCCCAGCCAUAUCUUCCCCCGGGCGCUUAGUCUUUCAUUUGCAUACCCAUUCGAUAUAUGAACUCCUUGAGGUCUUCGAGCCUCUCAACUGUUCUAGGACAUGUUUCAUUGGAGCUGUAAGUUGCGGCGCUAGAAGGACGUCAGCCUGGUGGCGGAAGGAAGAACGAGAUUGAUAUUUGAAUCUUUAUAAUUCAUCCCAAUUCUCGAGCUGGCGUUGGUAUUGCUUUUCGGAUCGAUUGCUACGUUUUUUUAUGUAACUCUUCCUGGCCGGGC